UUUUCCGAAGGAUCGACUGGCUUCCGAUCGGCAUUCUAACCUUGGAUUUCGUUCCUCAUCGCACGGAGGUAACAAGAAAAUGCGGCUCUCGGUGGUCUUCGAGUUGUUCCUGAUUCUGCUGCUGAUCGCGUUCGCUGCUUACGGCAGAGUGAUCGAACGUAACCAGACCGAAGCUCGAUCCAUUAGCAGCGGCAAUGGUUCCAGGCAGGGUAACAUUGGUAUAUCGACGCUGUCCUUGAAACAGGCGACUGAUAAUGUCAACAGAUAUUGCACCUGCAACGAGAACAUCUGCAACUGCUGCCGGGACUUCCAUAUACCGUUAGUGCAACUACAGGGGCCAGGAUGCGCGUCUCUGCAGUAUCUGCAGGACGACAACUUGGCGGUUCAGCUCAGCUUCGGCGAGAACAUUUUGACCAGCACCAUCGUCAAUGGGAAGAGUCCCAAGCCGGUGUGCGUCCCGUUGCCAGGAGGAUUCACCAAAUUCUGCGGCAGGAUUUACUCCAUUAAACGCGAGGCGAAGAACCACUUCAAGGCUUGCCUCGGAUUGGAGCUGCAAUCCGCGACGGAACUGGAAGCCAGUCUGCGUGUCAGCUGCUUCAGAUUCGGUCCCGAUGGCCUGAAACUGCGUCCAGCGGAGCCGCUGCCAAUCGUCGACACAGAAGUCGCGGAGGCAGAGGACGACGACGACGACUUCUUCGGUCUAGGCUCCGACGAGGACGACGACGAGGACGAGGACGCUGAGGACGCCGACAGCGCCGACGCGAAUUCGCCGUUGACCAACUCCGUCCCGAAUUCCUCGGCCGAGGAGGAGGACGACGAGGACGACGACGACGUCCUCGGGUUCGGAGCGUUGCUGGACAUCAUCACCGGAGAGGACGAGACCACCACGAAGAGGCCGAAGGUCACCACGUCCGCCCCUCUCCUGCAGUUCACGAUCCCGAUCCUGACGAAGCCCACGUCGAUCGCGCCGUUGGAGACCCACGAGGUGCCGUCGCUCCAGCAGAGCGUCGGCCAAGACAGCGACGAGGACGAGGACACUCAGUCGCAGGCGGUCGACGACGAGGACACCACGGAAGAAGACUCCGACGAGUUCUCCGUCACCGAGCCGACAGCCAACGAAUCCCUGGAGAUCGUCACCGAGGCGUCGAACAAAGUGCUGGCGUACGCGAAGCCGGGAAAAUUCCCGACGAAGAAGGUGACGGCAGGAGCCAACAAGAAGAAGCCCAGCCUGACGAGCGCCAGCGUCAACGCGAUCGAGAACGAGACCGACCAGAAGAGGAAGCCUCCGAAGAAACCGGUGAAGCCGGACGACGACGACGACGACAUCCUGGGCGACAUCGAGGACCUCGACGACGACGACGACGACGACGCGGAGGAUGCUAUGAUCAGCGCGCUGGUCUACGACGAGAAGGAGGACGCGAAGAAGAGGAAAGUGAAGAAGAACCACGAGACCGAGGAGACCGAUGACGAUGACUCGGACUACGGACUCGGCCUCUCCGGACUCCUCGCCAGGAGCAGGAACGCCAGAAGCAGUCGUCGGAGCAAGGUCAUGAGGCUUUGA